AUGGCCCAGAAAAGUGACGCUCCGUUCUCCGUCAGGGAGUACAGACCUUCAGAUCAACUCGUGGUCACGUCGCUCUUCCGUGACGGGAUCCUGGAGCAUGUGUACCCGGCGUUCUUCAAGGCGCUGAGCCACCCCGACCACGUGGGCGUCGCUCUGAGCAUCUCCGUGGCCGGCUACGUGCUCGGCGGCAGCUCCUACUUCCAGGCGUUGCUCUUCGGCGGCGCCUGGGCCGGCCUCAUCUAUUACUGCUGCCACGACAUCUGCGAGGGCUACAUGGCGAGGCGGCUGAGCACGGACAUGGCCGACAUCCAGGCCCGCUACCUGGAGAACCCAGAGAACGGUUUCUGGGUGGCGGAGGCGGACGUGGGCGGCCAGACGAAGGUGGUGGGGAUGGCGGCGGUGACGGGGAAGAGGGCGGAGGAGGAGAGCGCCAGGUUUGACGACAGGAACGGAGGAGUGGCGGGCGGAGGCUCGGAGCCCGACCAGGACGCCGGAGACGGGAGCCACGGCGAGGUGUCCCACCUGGUCGUGGCGUUCCCACAUCGCCGGAGCGCCCUGGGCUCGCAGCUGAUGCAGAAGGCCCUGGACUUCUGCAAAGAGCGAGGCCACGCCCGCCUCGUCCUGGACGUCAGCUCGCCGCAGACGGCCGCCGUUGCCCUGUGCCGGAAAAUCGGCUUCGUUCAAACGGCCUCGCACGGCAACACGCACGCUAACCGCUGGUUCUCCAAACUGGCCAGAAUCAACGUGCUGCGGAUGGAGAAGUUCAUUUAG